GCAGAUCAGACAUGCAGCACCGUGGAUGUGAAACAAUGAUUUCCCUCUGUAUGGUUGUGAUGGGCCUGGCAACAAUGGUUCUGACAAAAGGAUCCUUUGAAUGCAAUUUCUCUGAACCCAAUGAAUCUCAUCUGUGUCUUGGAGAAGAAGGACAGCCAUUGAUAUUCCAUCUGUCAAAUGUGACACAGUCUGAGAUCCGUCUAGUAAAGGAUGGCAAAUUUCAGGUCUUGAAAAGGGAGCUCUCUGGAGAAGUGAAAUCACAAGAGGGUUAUGAGUUUGAAAUCAUUGACAUGGGAACAUUCAGUCUCACCAACAGCAGGAAAAAUCACUCUGGAAAUUACAUGAUGCAAGAAUUCAAUUCUGAAGGAAAGUUACUGAAGAAAACCACCAUGAGAGUGGAAAUAUCUGCAGAAAUGACUUCAACUCCAACCUCAGUUACUGGACCCCCCGGAUCAUCAGUUCCACAUGUCAGUUCCACCUUGCCUGGACAGACUGUGGUCAUCAUAGUGAGCGCUGUCAGUCUCGUUCUUCUUAUGAUUUUCACAGUUACUCUUUCAACACUUCAGAUGAAACCAAGACAUCCUACAAUCAACAGAAGAAACUCCAAAACUGAAGUAAUCUACAGGAAUGUCAGUGAUUACCAACGCAAGAGGAAACAAGCCGAGUUCAAACCAGAGACGAAUUGAUUCUAUUUCCUCCGAAGUCUAUUUCCUCAGAUUAAUUGCAAAUUGUGACUGAAUUGUAAUUUAUUGUGUUCUGUUUAAUGUAUUUGCAUUAUUUUUAGCAUGUUUAAAACACUUAGAAAUAUUUCAUAUAAUUAUAUCUGCAAUGUUUGAUCCUGAAUACAUUCAAAUUUAAGUCAACCUGAUUUACUUCAAACAUUUCUAACAACAAAAGCUGAAUAAUCUCACGUCGCACACUGAGUAACAACUUAGUUUUUUGUGAAUAUUUACAUUUUUAAUGUUUUUAAUAGAAACUAAGCUGGGUAAAAAAAAAAGCAAAUGAUACAUUUUGUCCUCUUUCAUCUGGAAAAUUUUUUUCUGCUCUUGUUUGCAGGAGAAGGUUAAAGCUUUCAUUGUUUUUUUGCUUCAAAAUUUGAUCUUACACAAAAUGUGUUUGUGGGUGUCUUGUUUCUGUCCCUGUAAGAGAGUGAUGAAUGUCGUAUAGGCCUAUAGGCCUAAAUUAUUAGAACUAAAUAUCGCGCCUGACAUCGAAAUGAAACAUAU